AUGGCAUCUUCAUGCACAGCCAAACUCUUUACAAGAGCAUCAAGACAGGCGUGGAGCGCAAUGGCGCCGGGGCGAGAGAAGUCGGGACGGGCCCCGAUGCCCAGGCCCAGGGCCCGGGCAGGAAGAGCAGAGCAGGCGGUCAAAGGCGAGAACAGGGAACGUCGUGGGGUGGGGGGGUCGUCCCGUCGUCGGCCCCGAUCCGGUGUUCCUGUAGGAGGCGGGAUAGCGUGGAGAGUGCAAAAAGGACAGCAGGAAGAACAACGCAGUAAAGGCGGCGGUGAUGAGGGGUCAACUCUUCUGUUGGGCUUGUAUGGCGAGGCGAGGCGAGGCGAGGCUUCUCGUCGGGUUCCUCCCCUCGUUACGUUACGAGAAUGCACAGAGCGGACGCAGCAGCGAGCGGGCGAGCGAGCGAACGAACGGUGCUCGUGGUGGUGGGGCGGGUUCUGGUGCGACCGGACGACUGGCGUUCCUGUAGAGUUAGAGGAUGUGCGAGGCAGCAGGCUGCUGCCCGGCGGGCCGGGGAGGGGUGUGUCCCAACCCGUGUUCCGGGAGGGACCAGACCAUUAUCCCAUUUGUUCCCCAAUAGCCUGGUCAACUCUUCCUCUUCUCUCUCGCUGGUGGUGGCCUGCAUCGCGCUCGCUCGCUCGCUCGCUCGCCCGCCAUCUGCAGCAUUAG